AUGGUCCUCAAGCAAGCAGGCUUAUCCGUAUUGGUGGACUUGCCUGGUGUAGGUAGCGGCUAUCAAGAUCAUAACGCCGUCUACUGUCCUUACAAAACGAACUUGACCCCGGAAGAGACACUUGAUGGUCUCUGGAGUGGUCGCUAUGCCCAAGAAGAUGCGACAUCUAAAAAUGAUCCCAUCCUUGGAUGGAAUGCUUGCGACAUAUUUGGGCAGAUUCGUCCUACUGAAACCGAGGUCGCUGAGCUUGGAGGUUCUUUUGAGAAAGCUUGGAGCCAAGACUUCAAGAACCAACCAAACAAACCAUUCACAUUGAUAGCCCCGGUUUCUGGCUACCUAGGCGACCACCAGUCUGUUGAUCCUGGACAGUAUAUCACCGUUGUUCCAUACACAGCCUACCCUUGGUCACGAGGCAGCAUCCACAUCACUGGCUAUAAGCCUAACGACGAUGUUGACUUCGACUGCGGGUUUUUGAGUGAUCCGAAGGAUGUAACUGCGCUGAUGUUUGCAUACAAGAAGACCCGCGAGCUUAUGAGACGAACAGAUAUGUAUCGUGGCGAGGUGAUUUCGGGCCAUCCGAGAUUUCCGCCCGACUCAAAGGCUGCGUGUAUCACAUUAGCUGAUGAAGGCCUGAAGAUGGACCAGGUCGAAAACCUUGAAUAUUCCGAUGAAGACAACAAAGCUCUAGAAAAAUGGAUACGUGAGGGAGUAUCAAGUACGUGGCAUUCCUUAGGAACAAACAAGAUGGCACCGCGUGAAGAGAUGGGUGUCGUGGAUAGGAGCUUGAAUGUCUACGGAGUGCAUGGCCUCAAAGUUGUUGACCUCAGCAUUGCGCCAGAGAAUGUUGGGGCCAACACCCAUAAUACAGCUCUUGUCAUUGGCGAGAAAGGGGCGGAUAUCAUUAUUAAGGAACUGAAGCUUGUCUGA